UUUACCUACCACUUUAUAACUGGCAGCAAAAUGUAAUGACGUAUGAUAAUAAAUCAAGGCUUACAGUAUUUAAAUAAUUAACUAUUUUAUGAAGGGAAUUUCCUUAAACUAUUAAAUAAAAUACUGAUAUCAUGUUCAUCUCACUUAAAAACUGAAUAAAAGUUUAUUUUAGUUUAGUAUUUUGAGGCUGGUAAGAGUUUCCAUUCAGUUGUGUCCUUAAAGGCUGAUUUAGCUGCACAUAAGCUCGACUGAGAGGCAAGAUAAUAAAUGUGAUGUUUUAAAAGUAUAUGAGCUUAGGGGGUUUCAGUAGACUGAACCCGAGUGGUCAUUCAUAGCCAUUUUUUGGGUCCACCUCAUCCUCAGUAGACUGAACAUUUCAGUAUAGAUACUAACGUCUGGGGUUUUGUGCAGUAUUGUUCAGAUGUUUCCUGUCAGGAAAUGAGUUUAGGUUAAAAAUACAUUCCCUCUCCCAUGGGUGUUGCUCCUAUUCAUCGGUGAAACGAGACCUAACAACCUUACCAAACAAAUGCCAAGAAAGAUGCUGCACCCAUAUCAGUGUGGCACACCCUGAAUGUUUUACUUUAGCAGAAACGAAACUUUUAGGCAGAGCUGCCGUGGAAGAGCUGGGGGACUGAGAAACUCGAACGAAUUCCCAACUACAUAAUCUUAUCUACCAAACAGUCAAGCAGAGAGAUACGAGGAGGAUACUGAGGACUUUUUUCAGGAUUGAAUUUUAUUUAAGAACACUUAAUCAGCAUUUCCUGCUUUGAAAACAUGUCCGACAAUCUGCCCAAGGACCAUCAAGUCGUCUACUGCGACAUGUGUACAGAGGAUAACAAACAACCAGCACAGAAGACCUGCAUGAAAUGUGAGAUCUCCAUGUGUGUCCAGCAUCUCCAGGCUCAUCUGACCACUCCUGUGUUACUGCAGACUCAUCCUCUGACGGAGCCUAUAGCUUCAGGAAAUGGAGGUUUAGUUGUAACCACUAAAUGCCCCCAACAUGGCAAACUGCUUGAGUACUACUGCUUGGAUGACUUCAAUUGUGUGUGUGUUUCAUGUGCUAUUGAGGACCAGCACCGCCUACACAAUAUGAAGACCUUCUCCACAGCCCACAAAGAGCUACUGGAAAAGGUCCAAGCUGAGCAGCAGGCCUUACUGGUGAAGGCUGAUGGUGCAAAUACUAGUCUGGAAAAGUGGGAGAAGAAUGAAAGAGAAAAACUGGGUCGCUCCAGUGUUCGUCUCAUCGAGGCUGUGACUAACCUGCGUGACCUUGCCUUGACCAGGGUCCAGAGUUCGGUCUCUGCUCGUAUGGUGUCCAUCAAAACCAGUAAGAGCAGCUUAAAAGCAGCAAAGAGCGAGAAGGACACCUUCAGAUUCCUGCAGAUGUGUUCUCAGGUAAAUCAGGAUUUGGAGAAUGCAAAGGCUGUGGAUUUUAGAAAAGGGUUGGAGCCUGGCAGUGAUCGCAACAAACUGGUUGAAGAGAUAACACAGAGAGGUGAAAAAAUGAUGGAGCAGGUGAGCAACUUCUGGGGAUCCCUGUUGACUCAUGUUGACCCAGAGAACCACCAGGAGAUCAGUGCAGUUACGUCAAACCUGUACUUUGACUCAGAGACUUUGGGCCAAGGCAUGACGCUGUCCAAAGACGGCAGGAAGGUCUUCAACAGUGGUGAGCUGGAGAAAAAGAUAUUACUCAUCCAGGGUAUGUCUUCCAGAGUUAAUAGCUACAGAUGGGGAAUAAGCCUCUCCAAAGACUAUGACUGGACCAUUGGAUUAUGUGACAAAAAGUGCGCAAUAAAUUUGCAACGUGGAGACAUCUUUGGACUGUGCUGGAAAGGUAACAAGCUGAGUGCCGUCACAAAAGAGAAUGCUGAGGGUGAAAAUACGGUUCCAAUGCAGCUUAAUAAAAGAGGUAGAAGCCGAAGGGUUUCCAGUCAGGUAAUCAGCCAUUAUGGUGAAGAUGUGGGUGAACAAAUAGUCCGUCCAGAAAAAGUGGAAGUCAUAUGGAGCUGUCCUAACUCGUUAUCCUUUUACAAUCUGAUCGGCCAACACCAGAGAAGAAAAAUAGUCACAUUAACCAUCGGGUCCACUAACCAGGACCUAACUCCUUUUGUUUGCUUGGAAAUGGAGUUGCAAGAUAGCCCAGUUGAUUUAUUUGGAGUUGGAUUUGUAUAUAGAUCACAUGCUCAACAACAGCAGCAGUGGAAAUGCUCAUGUGGGAGGGUAAACGUCAGGAAUCAAAAUCCAUACGAUUAUGGAGGCCAGAAGUCUUCCCCAAACAUCUGUGCUUGUGGAAAAGUUAUUUAUUUCUCACACAUCACUGAGGUGCUUUGUGAACUUUUCUAAAAGACGGCACAAUCUCUCUGAACCAACAUCAACACAUUUUCUUUUACAUAUUGUUGUUCAUAUAUUAUUACAUGAUCAGAAUAUUGCUUUUCCUUUGCCUUUUGGUUGAAUAUAAAUGUCAUUAAUACAUGCUAACUUGCAGUUGGUACCUAAUUAGCUCCUAACUUUCAGAGGUGGUCUAUCAGUCUUUGCCAAACUGUUUGAAAUGGACCAUUGGUUUAUGUGACAGUCUGCAAAUAACUUGAUGGAUGGACAUGUCUGUGGUUCUUGGUUUGAGGAUAUCUAGCUCAGCUUUCUCAUGACACAGUAUGAUCAUUGUUGUGAUGCAUCAAUCAGUUCACAAGGUUUUUAGCUUUUUGGUUGCAGCAAAUCAUCAAGAACUAAAUGGAGAAACAACAAAAGGUGGGAGUUUACUUAGACCUGCGUCUUCCUCGCAGUUCCUCCAUCAGCAGAACUGGACAGCAUUAGGAGGAGGAACACUCAAAAUGAGUCUCAACCACUUAGACCUGGUUCAACUAGAAAAGGAAAUUGGACCAGACUCAAGUUAGAAGGGAGCCAAGAAAGCAUUCAAAGAUGGACUGUACCAGUUUAACUUUCCUUUGGAGCAACUACUCGUGAUUUGUGCAUUUCAAAGGUUUUGUUAUUAAUAAGCAGAAUUUUUCCCCCCGAAGUAAUAUGACCCUUUUUUAAUGUUGAAUCAAUGUACAAGGCUAAUUCAUGCAAAGCUACAAAUCUCUACAAUGAUUGCUUGUUUCUUGAAUUCAUAGGAUGAGCAUGAAUCUCAUUUACUCGUGUUAAGUUGCUUUCAAAUUAAUAUGAAGUGUGUUUACUGUAUAUGUAAGAAUAAGUCAGGUUUGGGUUUUUUGUUGUUGUAAGAUAUGAACAAACAUUUAGUAACAUUUUUGAAGGAUGUCUUUCUCAUUAUAUCAACUUUUUAUUUUUAAUUUGUAGAAUAGCUUCUUUAGUACUGAAGAUGAUUUGAUGUUCUUUCCUUUCCAAGCUGCCAGUUUGAGGUGUUGGUCUCCACCUAGUGGUGAUACAUGUGUCAUUGCCUUCUCAUAAUAAAGUGAUCUUCUAAUGCAGACUGGCAACGCGGAAUUUGUGUUUUUUGUAUUAUACCUGCACGUUGUAAACACUCUGAUACGAAGUAAAACAACAACAAUAUUCAGAUGUGGAAUGUUUUUAUUGAUUGAUUAAAACUCAAAAUUGAA